AUGGCUGAUGCACUAGAUACAAAACUCAGAUACAAACGGGGAACUUGCUUUGGAUGUAGAAAGUGUUUGUAUUGUGGAGUUGAUUUACAAAAGCAAAAAUGCAAAUGUGAUAUAACGAAGCCACCUCAUAGAGGCAAUCAAACUGACGCUGUCAAUUGGACAGCAGAUCAAACCUCUUUCAUUUAUGAUAAAAUAGUAAAAUAUAACUAUGAAGUGAAUUUAAAGGAGCCUUUUAAUUUUUCACUCUGUUCACGAUGCAAUAAUGGGUUGCUUAAAUUAAAAUUGACAAAAAAAAAAUUACUAUCUGAUUCGGUAAAGAAAACAGUUAAACAUCCUUCUAAGAAGAUUAAAUUUGAACAUGAAAUAUAUGAUCUUACUUUAGCAGAGGAUGAAGGUUUUUAUAAUUCAAUAGAUUUUCUUGAAUUAGAUGAAACUAGUGAAGAGGAUAUAGACAUAUGUAACCACAAAGAUAAUCGCAAAGAUAACUACACAGAUGGCCAUACGACAACUACGUCUAUACAGAUGAUUACACAGUGUAAACCAAAGAAACUAUAUCUUCCAGGAAAUUGGUGA